AUGACACUCAUGAAAGCGUCGUCCUUCGACAUCCUCCGCCAGCUCUCGUCUGAUCAAGAGAAUGUUUUCAACCCUGGCCCACGUAGCUUGCCAAAACAGGAUAACACUCCUAAGCGACCUGCCUCGUCCGGCAACUUGAUUGCCCAGAGUGCCAAGUGUGCCGAGCAUGAAAGCUCACUUGCCUUUCAAGUUGGAGAUACCAACAAUGAUGAUGUAUUUACCGAUCGACCAGUAUCAGGAGCGGAGUGUAGAGUCUCGUCCUCGAAAGGAGAUGAGCGUAGCACUGAGGAGGCCUCAAACGGGAGCGAAGAACAGGCUUUGCAAACAGACGUCGGCAACUGGUCUCUGGUUCCUCGUGACCCUCUUCAAGUUGAUGCUCAGAAUAUUUAUCCAUCGUCAGCCUGCGUAUUUGUCGCCAAUCUAACCCAAGCCUUUGACGAUCGAAAGCUGGAAAUCGAAGUUACCAAGUACUUCUCGCAGUUUGGUACCGUUUUCGUCAAGAUUCGUCGAGAUAGUCGCCAGAUGCCAUUUGCUUUUUGUCAAUUUACAUGUGAUGCCGAUGCCGAGAACGCCGGAAAACAUGGAAACGGCUCUGUCAUACUCGGUCGCCCUUGUCGCGUCGAAAAAGCCACCGCUCAUUCAUGCUUUCUUGUUUAUAAGCUCUCUGGAGCUGAAACGACUAGACAAGAAGCUAUAGAUCUUCUUGGUGCCCUAGGACCAAUAGCCAAGGCAUAUCCUCUGGAUCUCAACGGCCACAAGGCAGAGAAUUUCCCGCCUGCUAUUGUCGUUCAUUACAAACGCUAUGACUCUUCGCGAUCUGUAACAAAGGCCUUUGAGGGCCACCCGGUUUUUCGCGUUGACGCAUACGACCCCAAGGCUGAGACUCGGCAGCAGCACAAGAAAAGCGACCAGCAGAGCUAUGCACAGUACGAGAAAGACCGUCGAUCGGCAUAUUUUGGCAAUUUACCCUUGAAUAUGACGGCGGAUAUUCUGAAGUCUCUAGCAAGCCAGUGCGGCAAAGUGCUCUGUGUUGAGGUUGCGACAAAAGAAAUUCCUCAAGUUGGUGACAGGACUACUACAACAUGUUUUGGAUUUGUAGAGUUUGUCCGACCCGAUUCUAUUGACAACGCUAUCAUGAAUUAUCACCGCAAGCCUAUUGAUGGCCAUAUUAUCAAAGUUGAGAGGAAGCGUACGAGAAUGUUCAAUGGGCCUUCUUACGCCACUAAUGGCUCUCAAAGAGGAGCAUUCGUUGGCGCUCCAUCUACUUGGCAUGGGAACAAAGGGGGCAAUCACCAUGGUCGUGGCAACCGUAUUAUGACUGCUGACAGUUUCAUUCCUCCAACUGCAGGGUUAUCAGCAACAUAUCUUCCAACCGUGCUCGACAACGAGGAGGAUAAUGAAGUCUCUCCUACAAAGGCAGAUGGGUCUCAUCCUCUUCCUCAAACAAAUGCUGGACGCUAUACCCACUCCACCAUUACCAGACCUACCAUCAGCGAUGAGAGCUCUGCUGCCUUUGUUAGCCUCCCAAUAAAUCCGAAGUAUAGCUCCACUAGCCAGCUACCGGUUAUUAGCUAUGUCAAGGAGACCGAGCUUGAAGAAGUAGAAGAGCGCAGCACCACCAAGGGCAGAGAUGAAAUACAACAGGAGAAUUUGACUGACAAUGCCGAAGUCAAAGAGGAAGAAAGAGGACCAAAAGCUAUCCAAAGCACGCACGAACCAGAAUUUUGUUCCAACGACAGUUACCGAGGCAAGUUAGAUGAGCAUCUCCGCGAUUCCAAGGACGUCGAAUUUGGGAACAGCGCGACAAAUGACGAUCAAAAAACUUUGGAAACUCCAACCAAGUCUCCGAUAAAGACUACUGCAGAGCCUUCUCCGGCGUAUAGUAUUGAGUCAGCGGCAUCUUGCUUCUACCCAAUCAUUCAGCCUUAUACCUAUUCGCCUUAUGGAUUUCACCCGAUCCAAUCAUUGAUGGCUCACUCCAUGACACCACAGGGUGGUCCUCUUAUGUACAACUCGUUCGGACAGUCGUACUAUAGCACCGCACCAUAUUCCGAUGUGUUCACCAUGUAUCCAUUGAUGCAACGAUAUCCAACUGCUGCGGUGGACACUCCUACUCGCCCUUCUACGACAUCUCAUGGCGUUGAAAAUUUACAGGAAGAGUGCCGGAAUGAAGCAUAUGGAAUGUCUCCAAAGGGCGGCCAAAACACCGGCGAAGUGGACAAGGGAAGAGCUAACUGA